AUGUAUCGCUACCAGUUUUUGCGAGAAUUGGGUGAUGGAACGUACGGUUCUGUCCUUCUUGCCCUGUCUAUAGAAACAAAGGAGAAGGUGGCUAUCAAAAAAAUGAAGAAGAAAUAUUACUCCUGGGAAGAAUGCUUAAAUUUGCGCGAAGUGAAGUUCACUCACCAUCACUUUCUAUUUGCAUCGUCUUCUAAGACACUUAAACGGUUGGAACAUCCAAGCAUUAUAAGACUAAGAGAAGUUAUUCGGGAGAAGGACGAAUUGUUCUUUGUUUUCGAGUACAUGAAAGAAAACCUCUACGAAAUGAUGAAGCGCAGGUUCGGCCAAACCUUGACCAAACUGUUUCCCGAAGACUCGGUGCGGAAAAUAACAUGGCAAAUCCUGGAUGGUCUAGCUUACAUGCACAAGAAAGGAUUUUUUCACCGUGACUUAAAGCCGGAAAACCUGUUGUGUAAUGGAACAGAUACCAUAAAACUUGCGGACUUUGGGCUAGCAAGGGAAAUCCGCUCCCAGCCUCCCUACACGGAUUAUGUGUCAACACGAUGGUAUCGAGCCCCGGAGGUGCUCCUGCGGUCCUUGAAAUAUAACUCUCCCAUCGACCUGUUUGCAGUCGGUUGCAUCAUGGCUGAACUGUAUACACUCCGCCCUCUCUUUCCCGGCGACUCUGAAAUCGACAUGUUAUACAAAAUUUGCUCGGUUUUAGGAACUCCCAGCCAGAAAGACUGGCCCGAAGGUUACCAGCUCGCGGGUGCGAUGAAUUUUAAAUUUCCAAAGUGUUCUCCAGUUCCUCUUGGCAAUUUGAUCCCAAAUGCCAGUCCGGAGGGCAUCAGUCUGAUAUGCGACCUUAUCUCCUGGAAUUCUCAGAAACGCCCUACAUCCCGAGAGGCAAUUUACCCUGCUAUGAAACGCGCCUACUUCAAGCCCUAUCAUGAUAGCCUCCGAAAUAUGAACCAAGUCGCGCGUGAGCCUGACACCGAAAAUGUGUGUCCCCUCGAGGUGACUGAGUCUGGUGAGCAGGUUCCUGCGGAGUCUAAAAAGGACAGUGGUCGGCCUUGUGGCCAGGAAUCCAGCGGAGACCCCAAAAAACGCCCCUCAUUGACCAAACGUAAAUCAACUGUGGGUGUGGACAGCACGCGAAAGCGCAGUCUCGCGGCGCGGAAUGAUAACGGUACGUUUGCUUUCACCUACCUUUGA